GGCGGAGCCUCCGCUGCCCUCGCGCCGUCGCUCCCCUCCCACCCCCGCCCCGCACCGGGCUGACGUGGCCCGGGCCCGGCGCGGACAUGGCGGACGGCAGCAGGCAGAGCAAGCUGGCGGCGGCCAAGAAGAAGCUGAAAGAAUAUCAACAGAAGAAUAGCCCUGGGCCAGCAGCUGGAGCCAAGAAGAAGCGAAAAGGUAAAGAAGGAAGUAGGCCAGAGACACCAACUAAUGAUGACACAGAAUCUCCUGAAAAUAUUCAGAACAUUCUGAAGGUGCUGGUGUCAGACCUUAACCGCUCCAAUGGGGUAGCCAUACCUUCAUUGGACAAGAGGAAGGCGUACUGUGACGGCGAUGUUGCCACUCCCAAUGCAGAACAACCUGCUGCUGGUGCUCCCCCGUUGCCUUACAGCCACGGUUUGCCUAGCUCUGCCGCUCCGAGUCCCGAUAGCAUGCAGCUGUCGCAGAUAUGUGACUCUGACCAUAAAAAUAUGUUGGAAGAGACUAGGUCCCUCUCACUGACGGAGAGUCUCCGCCAACUCUCUGAGCAGAUUAACGGCAUGGUCAAUCAGCCCACAGCUUAUGUGAAUGGGGAAAAUGCCACGUCUUCCACAGACAUGAAGGAGAUGGCGACACGUUAUCAGGAGCUGGCAGUAGCCCUAGACUCCAGCAAUCUAACAAACAAACAGCUCAGUACAAAGAUAGAGGAACUGAAACAGCAGAACCAAGAGACUAUGAAUCAGCUGGAGAAGGAAAAGAAGGGGUUUGAACAGAAAUUUGCAAAAGAGCAAGCUGCAUUGCGAGAACAGUUACAGGUCCACAUUCAAACCAUCGGAAUCCUGGUUUCUGAGAAAUCUGAGCUGCAGACAGCUCUUGUGCAUACACAGCAGGCCGCUCGACAGAAGGCUGGAGAAGCCGAGGACCUCGCCGCUCGGUUGCAGUCCUCUCGUCAAAGGAUAUCUGAGGUGGAGCACACGCUUUCCUCCCUCUCUACACAGCAGAAACAGGCAGAGAAACAUAACAAAGAGCUGGCAAAGGAACGAGACGCUCUGAAACUGGAAGUCUACAAGCAGAGCAAAAGUGGCGAUGAACUCAAGCAGCAGAACUCUGAACUGUCGGAAAAGCUACGCAGCCUGAUCUCUGAGAACUCGGCCAUGAAGCUGGAUGUGGAAGAUCUGCACAAGAAACUUGAAAUGGCUGAGCUGAUGAUUCAGCAGUUUGCGAGCCAGCCAGGCGUGCCAGAUGCCAGUCAACAGAUGCAGAUGGCGCUGGAAGAAAGAGCAAAUUUAGAGACACAAAUUGCUCAGCUGUCGGAGUCACUGCAGCAACUUCAGGCUGAACGGGAUCAGUAUGUCCACAAGCUGAAGGAGGAAGGCGGAGUUUGGCAGCAGCGAGUCCAGAUGCUUUCUGAGCAGGUCUGUGCUUUGACUGAAGAAAAGGACCUAAAUGUCACUCGCAUUCAGGAGCUGGAGGCCAACUUGUCUGAGUUGCUCAGCAGUCAGUCUGCAGUGAAGCCCCAGGAAGGCGAGCUGGGCCCUGCUGCCGGGCCCACAGAAGCUGAGCUGCGCUUGCAAGGGGAGCUCGCCCAGCUGCAGAAGGAGAAGCAGGAGCUCCAGGAGCAGUGCCAAGUCCAGGUGCGAGACAACCAGCAGCUGAGCCGCCUCAAUCAGGAGCAGGAGGAGCGGCUGCAGGAGUUGGAGAAGGCGCUGCAGCGCUACAGCGAAGAGGCCGUGGACAGGCACCAGAUCCUGGAGGACAUGCAGAGCGACAAGGCCACCAUCAGCCGGGCCAUGGCUCAGAACCGGGAGCUGAAGGAGCAGCUCGCCGAGUUGCAGAACGGGUUUGUCAAAUUGACCAACGAGAACAUGGAGGUGACCAGUGCCUUGCAGUCAGAGCAGCACGUGAAGAAGGAGCUGGCCAAGAAGAUUGGGCAGUUGCAGGAGAAGCUGGCCGAGCUCAAGGAGAUGGUGGCUCAGAAGACGCAGGAGGCGCAGACAUGUCAGGAGCAGCGGGACCAGUACUACACCCACCUCCAGCAGUACACCGCAGCCUACCAGCAGCUAGCCGCCGAGAAGGAGGAGUUGCACAAGCAGUAUCUUCUUCAAACACAGCUCAUGGAUCGCCUGCAGCACGAGGAGGUUCAGGGCAAAGUGACUGCUGAGAUGCACUUUAAAGAGCUGCAGCAGGCAAAGGAAAGCCUGGAGAUGUUUGCCAAAGAAAACAAAGAGUUGCAGGCCCAUGUCAGCCAACUGCUGGAAGAACUGGAUGCAAAGAUGCUUCCCAGGGCACAAGGGGACGGAGUGGAAACCGAAGAGGCUGCAGAGGACCGGGAGACUCUUCCACUCAGCAUCCCAGAGGAUUUUGAAAGCAGGGAGGAAAUGGUCGCUUUCUUGACAUCUGCCAUGUCCCAAGUGGAGACGGAGCGUGAGGAGAUGAGGCAGCAAGUGGCUGAGCAGAAGCGGCAAUGCAGAGGCCUCCUGCAGCAAAUGGCGUUCCUGCGGAAGGAGCAGCAGCUGUCUGCCACUUUGGGAGGAGGUUCCGUCGCAGACUCCGUUCCAGUAGAAGUACACGAAGCCUUAAAAAGCGCCAUGGAGAAGUUGCAGUCCCGAUUCACAGAGCUGAUGCUUGAGAAGGCAGAGCUGAAAGACCGAGUAGAAGAGCUGGAGCACCGCUGUAUACAGUUGUCUGGAGAAACGGACACUAUAGGCGAGUACAUUGCCCUGUACCAGAGCCAAAGGGCUAUCCUGAAGCAGCGCCAUCGGGAGAAGGAAGAGUACAUCAGCCGACUGGCCCAGGACAAGGAGGAAAUGAAGAUGAAGUUGCUGGAACUCCAGGAGCUGGUGAUGCGCUUGGUUAGCGAGAGGAACGAAUGGUACAUGAAGUACAUGGAGGUGACGCAGGGUGCGGUGCCUCAGUUGACCCCAGGGAGUGAAGCUGCUGUUCUGGCGGAGAGGCGCCUGGAGCUGAGUGCCACUGAUGCUGAAGGACUGAGAGAGGUGAGCCUAACGGAUGAGCCGGAGCGAGAACCUGCAGCAUCCCAGCCACUCCCACCUCACAGCGACGGCAAAGGCCUCCAGCCAGCUCCUCAGGAUCCAACGGCCAAGCAGAUCAUGCAGCUUCUCCAUGAGAUUCAAAACCCCCGGGACAGGCUGGGCUCCCUCUUGGAAAACCCAUGCAUCCCCUUCUUCUACCGGGCGGAUGAGAACGAUGAGGUUAAAAUCAUGGUGGUGUAACCGGGUGUGGAGCCAGUGAAGGACAGAACAUGUCCUGUAUUGUUUUCUGUCCUGCCUGCCUGGGCUGCAGCCUGGGGACACGUGGUCCGAGCUGGGCAGAUCCUGAGAGCUAGGCAUCUAAUUUUCCCUUUGGUUGUUCCUGAAUGAACUAUGCAGGGCCACCAGAUGAAGCUGCAGGGAGACUUAGUUCUCUUGGCAUUUAAUUCCGAGAGCCAGUCAGUUUUUCAGCCCACGACACAGUUCUACUAGUCACCCUUGCCACUCGCCCGCUCCGUUUCCACUGGGACCAGGUGGCUUGGAGCCUUUGGUCUUGGCCGCUCGGCCUGCCUCACACCUGGACAUACGAGCCUUCGUCUCUAGCCGUCACCACCACCACGCCCCAGACAGACAGAGGUUUGACUGGCUACCUAUUUAGGCAAGCUGCUCUGGCGGGUGGCAUUUUUUCAGUUACCUCUUUGGGUGAGGCUUCUGGCUACGUAGCAGAGCUGGUCUGAGGGUGGGAUAGCUGCACCGUUGAAGGUGACACACGAGUCCUCUACGUUGGAUGGUUUUAUUUAGUUUUAAAGAUGAGGAAGCCUAGUUAAAAAGAAGCCAAUCACUGGAAAAACAAAUGUGUUUUUGCGUUGAUUUCUGGAAUUUAAGUUGCCUGUAAUUGGAUUUCCUGUGGUUGAGCAGGGGUGAUGAGACUCUAUUGGGAUAUUCUGAAUAAAAGUUGUUUUUGGUUCUGUAAGCCCUAGUAUGAAACUAGGCAGAAGAAUUCUAUGAAGGGAUGUAUCUUGAGUGGAAGCAGUGUUGCCAGUGCGGGAGGGAGGGAGGGAGGGAGGGACAGACGGACAGACGCGAGGAUUUGUUCUGUGCGUAGCCUGACUCUUCUGCGGGAGAUGCUCUGUGGAAGAGAGUGCUGCCUUGGCACACAGGGUAGCGGAAGUUGUAGGCCGGUGGUGUGGCUGCUCAUGCAUCACUGCGGUCCUUGUGGAAGUGGAGGCGCCAGCAAGAUGAGCAGCUGUGCUCUCACCCUGCACUUCUCUGUAAGGCAGUUUGCCAGUCGCUUAUGUAACUGAUUCGCCCAUUGUUCGCCACUGCCUUUUCCCAGCAGAACCUGCUAGAGACAGUGCAUCCAAAGCACAUAGGGGAUUUUCUGGAACAGCUUCUUUCUGCCCAGUUUUCCAACACAGCAUGACUGUAGACGAGAUCACUGUACUCUUCCAGGCUCUAGAGAGCUGCAUGUCCCCAGGGGAUUCUUGACUGAAAAACAGAAAAGGCACCUGAGGAAUUGGCACAGCCAUCGUUUUGACUGUCAGUGUUACUCCCUCAGUGGAUCGUGUCAGGGCAGAAGCACAGCGGGCUUGUGAGCUCCUGUUUGCACGAGUGUACAUAGUGUAUCUGUGUAACAUUUUGUAUAUACCUUGAAUAAAGGAGAGAGGAAUCCUUUGGCAGCAUUUCUGGCUGCUGGAAGGCAACUUGUAACCUUGUAUAAUAUAAAAAAGAUCUAACUUCAGUGGGGCAGGGUGGCCAGCAGCAAUGUGAUUUAAUAUAGAACACUAUUCAAUAUUUAUUGGGUGUCUGGUUUUGAGGAACGUGAAAGGAAAACCUGUAUUAAAGAAAUCUUGCAUUCUAUUGCAGAGGUAAUUUAAUCCCGUUACAGAAUUGUUCUUUCCAAAUAAACCUGUUCCACCUAGCA